AUGACUACCCCUCUCCCCUUACACGUCAAAACCGUCCUCAUAACUGACUGCAGCAACGCCGGCAUCGGCUCCUCCCUCGCCCAAUCCUUCGCCUCAAACCCUAACCUUCACGUCUACGCCACCUCCCGCAGCCUCUCCACCAUGACCCAUCUCGCCGACCUCAAGCUCCCGAACGUGACUCUCCUUCAACUAGACGUCACAUCUGCCCUCAGCAUCGCUUCCGCUAGAUCCGCCGUCCGCGAGAGAUCCGACUACAAGCUAGAUUACCUAGUUAAUAGCGCUGGUUGCGGAUACACAAUGCCAUAUCUGGAUUCCGACACCGAUAUCUGCCGGCACCUAUUCGAUGUAAAUGUCUGGGGACCUAUGCAAGUUACUCAAGCCUUGAUGCCGAUGUUAAGUACGGCGGAAUUGUUAGGUGUCCCGUUUGCAGGCGCGUAUUGUGGAAGUAAAGCAGCAUUGAGGAUGACGAGUGAGAGUUUGAGGGCGGAGGUGGGGUCGUUGGGGGUCAGGGUCUUAUCUGUUACUCCUGGAUUUGUGGGCUCUAAUUGGUUCAACAAUGUCCCAAACUUCAAACUCUCGGACGAGUCGCUUUAUAAACCUAUUGCAAAGCAAAUCGAAACUAGGGUAAAAGGGUUGAACAAUUCCAAGAACAUGGAUGCGAGAGUGUAUGCAGAUCGCGUUGUGAGAGAUAUUUUGGCUGGGAAGCAAGGAAGAGUGUAUAGUGGAGAGAAGGCGACUUUGGUGGCUUUUGUAUUGGCGUGGCUGCCGCAGUGGAUAGUGGAUCGAAUUGCAAUUAGAUAG